AUAGCUGCCUGUUUACCCGGCGCACAGAGCGGCCAUUAUAAACACUUUCUAAUUGAAUCCUGAUCGGGAUCGAAUGACCGGCGGCUCAUAAUUCUUUAAUUGCCACGAGCGAGACCUGCAGGUCUGCAGGUCCGUGGACCAAUCGGAUCCAGAGGACGAGCGGGCAAUUAGUGCGUGUGCGGACGCGUGCACAGUUCCUUAAAAUCUCAGUGGAAAUGCACCGCAUCAAUUAGAAUUUGCUUUGGGUUUAAGAAUAAACACAUUUUUAUUGACGGACAAAAUUGGAAAAAUAAAAGUUAUGAGCUUCCGAGUUUCUGUUUCUGUUGAUGCCAAAGAUGUAAGUCCUUCAGUGUGAGCAGCAUUAGAUGUAUUUAUAAAUAUCGUGUGAAUACCAAGAUAAACCUCACGAACAAAUAUGUGUGUUUUUAAAGCUGUUUGUGACGUGAUUUCAUGAAGUUGUUGUUUCCGCCGAAUAAACGCAGAACUUUCACAUAGUCCAUGAGAACAUCCACAGAUAUGUUGCAUCUGUCUGGUCAUAUUAUCCUAAUGCGCGACCCUUUCUGAAAUUCGGUAAUAAAAAAAAAGAGGAAGAAUGUGGAAGUUGUGAUUGGAGGCCCGGGGAGACGUCACGUGGUUCGGGGUCGCUGACAGCGUAAACCCCUUCGGAGCCGGGUGCGCACGUGGGUGACGCUGCAGGGCCAACCCUCUUCUGGGUCCCUUUUGUUGAACCAUCAAACAUAAGCACCUUUGGAGAUCCCGAGGGGGUUCAGAUGAGAAACGGCCAUCAUCUUGAGAGAUCACUUAUCAGCAGCGCAAACAUGUCGAGGUCUUUUUACGUCGAUUCUUUAAUAAUCAAGGACGCGGUUCGACCGGUGGAGCAUCCGGGACAGGACUUCCUCAUCCCCAUCAGCAUGCACUCUCCCAGCGUCAUGACGGUCACCGCUCCGGUGUGCCCGUCCAGGAAGACGGGGACCUUCUGCGUGUGCCCGCUGUGCGUCACGUCCCACCUCCACUCUUCCCGCGGCGGCAUUCCCAUGCUGAAGAGCCAAUUCGCGGGCGCGGAGGCGCAGUACUGCCACAGGAUCGCGCACCAGCAGUCCGCUGCGCUGGCGCACCCGGCACACACACCUGUCUGCACGCCCACGUUCGGCGUCACGGACCCGAGGAGAUACCACUGCCUUUCCAUUGGUGCCUCCGACAGCAGCCACAUGCAGAACGGCAAAAGGAUGCGCACGGCGUUCACGAGCACGCAACUCCUUGAACUUGAGAGGGAGUUUUCCACGAACAUGUAUCUCUCCCGACUGAGGAGAAUCGAAAUCGCCACGUACUUGAGCCUCUCGGAGAAGCAGGUGAAGAUCUGGUUUCAGAACCGCAGGGUGAAGCACAAGAAGGAGGGCAAAGCCACCCAGAGGAGCGUGCACAGCAGCGGCUGCAAGUGCGCGAGCGGCCUCACGGACUACUCGAGGUCGGAGGACGAGGAGUCUCUGUCCCCGGCCUCUGCGUCGGAGGAGAAGGAGGUGUCCCCCAUCUGAGCGCGGCCAGACCCCCGCUGCUGCCCGGCACUUUCACGGCCAUUAGGCCGCCUCUGGGGCCAGAAGAAGAAGAAGAAAAUAAUAACCUGCAUGAAAUAUGGAGUGUUCAAAAUAUUCGUUUCAUGUUUAUUCUGCUUCUGAAUUCUAAAAAAGGAAAAAAAAAUGUGAAUACGUGUUUUAACGCUGUGGUGAAAUAUGGGGAAGUAUGACCCAAUGUGCGCUGUAACGGUGACGUGUUUUGACCCCUUUCCGGGCUCUCACCUACAAACCCGGGUCUAACCCGAGUCAAACCCCACUAAGUGUUGAAGUCCGAUGAAAGCCCGUAUAGACCAAGCAUUUGUAAACUAUGUAAAAUGUGUAUUUAUUGUAAUAAACAUGACGAGUUGACCUGA